AUGGUAACAGAAGUUAGCAAAAGUAUGGAUAUCGAUCCUAAACAAGCGGAAAGUGAUGAAAACCCUGAUUCCGAGUCAGAAGAAUCAGAAUUUAUCGUCGAAAAAGUUUUAAAUCAUAGGCUCAAAAAAGAUAAUACAUAUCAAUAUUUAUUGAAAUGGAAAGAUUACUCUGAUGAGGAAAAUACAUGGGAGGAAGAAAGAAACGUAUAUGCUACAGAACUUGUUGAACAAUAUUGGGAAUCAUGUGGGGGAAAACCUAAUCAAAAAAAAGGUACAGACAGACAAUCCAAAAAUAAAAAACAGAAUAAAACACAAAAAGCUACUCCCAGUUCAAAGAAAACCAACACGUCCGACUCGGGAAAACGUAAACGAGAACGAGAAGUAGAAGUAUCGGAUCAAGAGGAAGAUGAACUUUCUGACGAAGAAUUUCCGAGCCAAAACAAUAAUUCAAAAAAAACAAAUAAUUCAAAAAAAACCGCACCUAAAUUGCAAACCUUGAGAAAACGUAAACCUGAAUCAGUUGAUAAAAUUGAUGAUGAUAUUUCUGAAGAAUAUCCACCUCCUUCCUUAACGAGUUGGGAAGAUGAAGUUGAAGAGGUUGAAACCGUAGAGAAAAAUACUAAGGAACACGGACUUUUGAUUUAUUUAAACUGGAAAAGUGGCCAUAGAACAGUACAUCCAUCAGCGGAAGCUAACAUUAAAUGUCCACAGAAGAUAAUUCGCUUUUAUGAAACCCAUUUGAGAUUCAAAAGCGCAUAA